AUGGGGAAUUCGAGAAGAUUUCACACCAAGACCCGGAAUGGCUGUACUAACUGCAAGAAGCGACGAGUAAAGUGCAACCUCCAGGCGCCGCAAUGCCAUCACUGCAAACGACGAGGCGAAGAAUGCAGCUUUCAAUUUCGAACCGAGGGCAAUAAUAAUAACGACGACGACGGAAAUAAGGAAUAUGGCGAUCUACAACAGCAGCCCAAUGACGGCGAGUUCGCGCAAUCGGAUAGGGGCAGUCGGGAUAAAAAGCCAUCAGAGCUCCGGUGGAUGGAGCCGUCGACAUGGCCGUCCCUCGACAUUCGACAUUCCGAACUGCGCUGGCAAUACCAGACUUUGACGAGCGGUACGCUCGCGCUGCUGAAGGAAGACCCUCGCCGCGUCAAGUUGAUAUGGAGGGGCGAAGUGCCGCUGCAGCUGGAACGGAGCGCUUGGCUGGACCACUGUACCAUGGCCAUCUCGGCUCUACACAUUUGUUACCUGCAGCCACCCAAUCCGAGGGAAUACUAUACGGCCGCCUUCAAGAACUAUCGCAGCGCGGUGGUGGCGUUCCCUAAGGCUGUGCAGGAAAUGAAUCCAGAAAAUUGCAUCACUAUUCUUUCGUUUUCGCUCCUCAUCCUCAUGUUCCAGCUGGGCAUCUCGUGCGUGCCCGGCGCCGCCCCAAUGACAAACGGCCUCCCUGUUGCCGACGCAUAUAAUGCCAUUUCAGCCCUACGCGGCACCUGGUCGCUGAUCGACCAGCUCAACCCACACCUGCAAAACAGCCGGCUGAGUGCGCUCUUCGUGCACCGCAAACACCUGCGCUUCGAAGCGCUCGACGAGAAUCAUGAAAUCGCGCUCGCGCAUCUGCGACAACUUAACGAGACCUCGGGCUUUGGGGUUCGCCGCGAGCAAGACCGGCAAAUAUGCGCUCAGGCAAUCACUGUGCUGCGCUUCUGGUUCUCGAUCCUGGCGGCGCAGUUGCCCACCACAUGGCUGCUGUUGCUAUGGUGGCCUGCGGGGGUGUCGCCGGAGUUUCUGGAUCUCUUGAAAAACAAGGACCCGAUGGCCCUCGUGAUAUUCUGUCACUGGUGCGUCGGCAUGCACCGGCUCCCGACAUGUUGGUAUCUGGAUGGCUGGGCGCGGCGCAUGCUCGGCGCGAUGCUCGAGCUGCUCGAUACUGAAUGGCUACCGGCGGUGCAGUGGCCCAUUGACGAGGUCUUCCACCCGAACGACGAGGCUCUGCUUCGGGUCGAGAAGGCGAAUGUGAAUGCGAAUGUGAAUAUCCUCGAAGCAUUUCGAUAA